UUGAAGAGCAAGAGCCAAGAGGUCACCAUUAUUAAGAAUAAGUGAACUCAUCUGAAUUUCGUGGGAAACCGAAUAAACUUUUGAUGAAAUAAUUUGGCUUGACGGUGAAGAAAACGAAUAUGUCGCAGCUCAACGUCCACUUCCACAUGAAGUCGCUAUGUUUCGCCGCUUUUGCGGCAGCCUUUGGUGUGGGGACUGCCUACGCCAACCAGCAGCAACAAGCUCAAGCCCCCUCAGCACAAAGCCGCGUUUUCUACCAACAGACCCCAACAUUGCUUCAAUCGGAACUGGAUGCUCCUGAUCCGAAUCUUGAUGUUUUUUCCAAUCCGCCCGUAUGGCCGAAAAACACUGUCGCAGUCCUCGAGUCGGAUGAGGUGCAGAGUCCGCAAGAUAAACAGGCGAUCUUGGACGCUAUAUUCGUGCAGGAUGAGAAUGGAGCGCCGGUUUACUCGGUGAACGGUGGUGGCGGCUUCUUCAACGAGUUGGGGAGACAAUUCUCGACUGCAAGGCAUGCGAUUCUGUUCAAACCAGGAAGACAUAGCGUGAGCUUGAGCUUGGGUAAAAAACUUUGUUGCUUCAGAUCGUGGUGAUUAUCGACAUCGUUAUAAGUACUUAGUUGCUUCAGAUCGUGUUCGUGGCGAUUAUCGACAUCGUUAUACUUAGUUGCUUCAGAUCGUGGCGAUUAUCGACAUCGAGAUGGAAUCAAAAGAUAUACAACUAGGUGUAGCACUUCCAAACUGCUUCCUAGAAGCAUUCGCACACAGAAUCGUCCUUCUUCAGGUUACUACCACCACAUGAUGGGUUUGGGUAUGGAGCAUCCUGGUCAAACCUACGUUGAGAAAGUUCAAGUGCUUAAUGGCUCACCAGACUUCAAACUUGGUUCGUUGUGCAAUUUUUGGCGUGCAGGGGAAAACUUCGCAACAAACGAGGACAUAAAUUGGUGGGUCAGUCAGGGGAAUGCACUACGAAGAGUAGUCAUAGGCAAUGGCGGCAAUUUACUCCUUUCCGGAAUGGACUGGCCGACUUUUCAGUUUGGCUACUCGAGCGGCGGCUACGUCGCGGAUGUGAAACUAGUCAGAGGAGAUGCGACUUUGGUGGCGGUUGAGGAUGGUGGAUAUUAUGGCGUUGAC